AUGUCUUUCGAUCUCAAAGGCCUCGUCCCCGCCCCCGUCACCCCCUUCACCAAGGACGGCAAAGUCGACUACGACGCCAUCCAGCGUCUGGGUUCUUGGCUCGGCAGCAUCGACGGCGUCAAGGGUCUCGUCGUUCUAGGCCACGCCGGAGAAGGAACCUUCCUCACCCAGCAAGAACAGGUCGACACCAUCAAGGCCUUUGUCAAGUCCGUCGACAACAAGAUCCCCAUCAUCGCUGGCAUCACCGGCGAGGGCACUGAAGUCGCCGCCCUAGAGGCCAAGCGUGCCAAAGAGGCUGGUGCCCAGGCUGGUCUCCUGUACCCCUCCCACGGAUGGCUGCGUUUUGGAUACCAGCCUGGCGCGCCUCAGGAUCGCUACAAGGUCGUCUACGAGGUCUCGAAGCUGCCUCUGAUCUUGUUCCAGUAUCCUGAUAACACCAAGGCUACAUACAACCUCCAGACUCUUCUCGACAUUGCGGCUCAGCCUGGUGUCAUCGCCAUGAAGAACGGUGUUCGCAACAUGCGACGCUGGGAUACCGAGAUCCCUGUCUUCCGCCGCGAGCGGCCCAACGUUCCCGUCCUCACAUGCCACGACGAGUACCUUCUCCACACCGCCUUUGACGUGGACGGUAUGCUUGUCGGAUACGGUGGUAUUGCCCCUGAGCCUCUUCUGGAGCUGAUCAAGGCUGGCAAAGCUAAGGACUACGCCAAGGCGAGGGAGAUCCACGAUCUUCUUCUUCCUGUCACCAAGGCUGUUUAUCACCGGGGCUCGCAUAUGGAGGGUACUGUUGCGCUGAAGCAUGCGCUUGUUGCUAGGGGUAUUCUGUCACAUGCUACUGUGCGAUCACCUUUGUUGCCUCUUCCUGAUGGAGCUGAGGAGGAGAUUCAUGCUGCUAUCUCAUCGGCGACUCUUAAGAAGGUUGCGUAA